AUGGCUAAUGGCGAAAACAUUUUUAGCCAGGACGGACUGAAUGAACCAAAUCUAGGGUGGCAUAUAAAAUUUUCUUGUAGAAGUGUUCCUUUUGUUGGUGUAAUUGGUAUGGAAAAUUUGCCUAACAAUGUCCUCUUGGUCUACAAGUUUCGGAAAAGGGCCAAAGAGGGAUUGCCCAUUGGGAGUAUGGAACCGCUUGCUUCAGAGGCAUGGUUUGAUCUCAUGGUACGCAAGCUUAAUAGCAUGGCAGUACCUAUUGACCAAUGGAGGAUCUCCUUGACAGCCUCUAUGUUCAUGGGAGAUGUCGAUAUCUGGUGUAGGUUUAUGACCAACAUUCAGGAUGUGGAGGUGAUGACUUGGGAAGAGUUCAAGACGUUGUUCUUUGACCCCUUCUUUCUGAGGGUUAUGAGGCAGGAUAUGAGAGUGCAGUUCACAGGUCUUUAUCAGGGCAUGAUGAGUGUUAUUGAGUAUAAGACAUGCUUCACUUCUCUUUCCCGCUAUGCACUAGAGAUGGUAGCUACCGACGAACUCAGGGCAAGAAAGUUUCAGGAUGGGUUGCAUCUUGAUAUUAGGCCACAGAUUUUAGUACUAAAUUUGAGGACCUACGGAGAAGUGGUCCAGAGGGCUAUGAUGGUUGAGUGGAAGAAGGCUAAGGCCAGGGACAGUUCUCGUGUUCAGGGACAGUCACAGCAGGCUCGAUCUGCACCCACAAUUCCUGUUUCCUCAGGGAAGGUGAUUUAUCACCACUGUCUGGAGGUCAUGCAACGGGAUGGUUUCCUUUAUGUUAACACACCAGUUAGUGGUCUAGUGUCUUUGAAUGUUUAUCGGGGUUGUGCUAUCGAGAUAGCUGGGCAGACUUUAGAGUUCGAUUUCGUCAUUUUUGACAUGACGGGCUUUGACGUCAUCCUCGGGAUGGACUGGUUGUCUUUCUUUCAUGCCUCGAUUGAUUGCUUCCACGGGCGAGUAUCUAUUUGCACUCCUACUAGAGAUUGUUUUCACUUCAUGAGAGAUCGGAGCGAUUCCCACUCGAAGAUGACUUUCAGCAUCAGUGACUGGAGUCGCCACAGGUCCUUCUUAGCUAGCCUGUUAGCUGACGAGGGUAGCAGUUUGGGCCGUGCUUUUUUGGCAGUUGCAAACGAGUUUUUGGAUGUCUUUCCGAAGGAGUUAGCGGAGCUUCCUCCUCUUUGGGAAGUUGUCUUUGCCAUCGACGUCAUUCUUGGUACUGCGCCGAUCUCUAUGGCAUUGUACCGCAUGGCACCGGCAGAUGAGGUUGCUUAUCGUUUGGCGUUGUCGCCAGACUUCGAUAAGGUUCACGAAGUCUUUCAUGUCUCCAAGCUGAGGAAGUACGAGCUGAACCCAUUGUAUGUUCUGCGUUCGACUAAUGUGGUUGUUAAUGAGGACGUGACCUACGAGGAAGGUCCGGUCCAAAUUCUUAAUUUACGGGAGCAGGUCCAUCAAUCGGCUGAUAGUAGUCAUCAGCUGAAUGAUGACUAUUCGAGACCAAUUUCAGUAGCCUUUUAG